GCAGAAACUCCUAAAGGGUGAUCCGGAAAGGCAGACAAGCACCCUCUUUUGCACUUUGCUUCACGGGCUUUCAAAGACAACUGGGGUUUGUAUUCCUCAACGCCAGCCUACAUUUGUUAUGACAGCUCGCGCACGCACACACAGACAUUCAGCUACGUGGAGGAGAAGCACGCCGUCUGCAGUGGAGGGGGCGGGCCGAAGCGGGCGUUAGUCACUUCAGUCCUGGAGCUCGUACAGAGCGUCUCCCUGGAACUAUCAUAGAGGGUGUCAUUUAACAGGUGGUCUGUUCAGUCCAGGAAAAGCUCACAAGGAAACCAGGAAACGGGAGAUAAUGGAGGACUAUGAAUAUGACGAGGGGAAUGAAACGUAUGACUAUAACGAUGAGCACAGUGUUUGUGACAAAGCAACAGUGCGCUCCUUCGGUGGCGUCUUCCUCCCCAUCAUUUAUGCCCUGGCCCUGGUGGUGGGCCUCACCGGGAACGCGCUGGUCGUGGUCGUGUACACUUCCCGGCUGCGACUGAGAACCCUGACAGACGUGUGCAUCCUCAACCUCGCCAUCGCGGACCUGCUGCUGCUGUUCACGCUGCCGUUUUGGGCGGCCGACGCCGUCCACGGCUGGACGCUUGGCUCGGCCGCUUGCAAGCUGAUGUCAUUCCUCUACAGUACAAACUUCAGCUGCGGCAUGCUGCUGCUGGCGUGCAUCAGCGUGGAUCGCUAUCGGGCCGUGACCCACAGCUCGACGGGCAGAGCUGAGACGGGUCAGAGGGCGAGGAGGCAGUGGCUUUUGGUGUGCGUUGCCUUGUGGGCUUUGGCCAGCUUCCUCGGCCUCCCUGAGCUCGUGUUCUCCGGGGUAAAGACUUCCCAUCACAGGACCAGCUGUACCGCCUUUUACCCACGCAACAUGGCUCGGCCUGCGAAGGCUGCCCUGGAGCUGCUGGAGGUGAUCCUCAGAUUCCUGCUCCCUUUCGCCGUCAUGAUAGUUUGCUACACCCUGAUGGGAAGGGCACUGACUCGAGUUCCCGGGGUGAGAAGAGAAAGGAAAUGGCGUGCCCUGCGUGUGCUCUUCGCGGUGGUGGCCGUGUUCCUGCUCACCCAGCUGCCCUACAACGUGGUGAAGCUGUGCAGAGCGUUGGACAUCAUUUACGUCCUGGUGACGGUCUGCGAUGUGAGCAAAGGCCUGGAUCACGCCCUGCAAGUGACGGAGAGCCUGGCACUAACCCACGCCUGCAUCAACCCGCUCCUCUACGCCUUCAUGGGCUCCUCCUUUAGGAGUCACGUCCUGAGGGCCGCCAAGCACCUCGGAGAGCGGCUCGGGAAACAUUCCAGACCUGAAAGCAAGGAGCCGGCUGUGGAGAUCGCACUCCGCACACAGAGCCAAAACAACUCCCAGUCAGAUUCAGAUGAUCGAGACACCAGCACCUUCACUAUCUGAUGUCCUUUUUUACGCAGCAUCCCUCAUGCAAGCUCUGAUAAACUGUUGGCACAUGAAGAAACGAACCCCAGCGGCAGGAACGGAUGCCGCUGCACCACAGGAGGAAGUUUUAUAAGCUCUUUGCAUGUCUGCCAUCAAUACCUUUAUAUUCUGUCAACAGAUAUAGACACAAAUAUCUAACUGUCAGCUAGAAAUAACAUUUUUACAGUGGUUUUAUAUGCAGUAUCAUAUUUUAUAUUAAUGUAUUUACACGAUUAAAUGCAAAAUGUCUCGUCUUUUUUAUGUUUUUUAACUAAAUUCAUCUGACUCUGUUACUUUUUAGACCAUGCUAUAAGAAAAAUAACUGAACUUUAAAGUUUCUGUGAUCCUAAAAACAUUUCUGUUUAGAUUUUAAAUGUCUUUUAAGAACGAAUGUUAGUGGGCGAGUUAAACUUCUAGCAAACAAGGAGGGUUGGCAAAUAUCAGGAAAUGGGUUUAUUUAGGCUUAAAAGGGGAAUAUUAUUUAUUAAUGGCAUGUUGAAUUAUGCAUACAAUGUGUUGCAUUUUAAUCCUCUCACGGUUGAACAGAACUAUUCAUUUCAACAUCCUUAUAGCAGUAAAGCUCAGCAUUGUUUAUCAAAGCUUCCCUGCAGGAACCUCCUAAAAAAAACAACAACAACCGGUCGUCUUAAGAUAUUCCUCUCUCAGUGGGAGCCAGCGUGGUGCCGUUCAGCCCGGAUGUAAACCAGGUGUGUCUGAUAAAGCCCGGCUUCCAGCACUUCCAAGUAAAAGCUCAAAAAAGAAACAGAAUUAAGUUGCUUGUUCUCAAAACAAAGAAAACAACAACAGAGCAGAACUCGUUCUUAAGGCGUCACACGGCUCUGGAAGAGGCUGUUAGGAAGAAACCGAUACGGCACAGUUUAAGGAAAUGUUUGGUAUUUAAAAUCAAAAGUAAAGAAAUAAAGAAAUUUACUCCCUUUUUUCCCAUAAUUGCUCAAAUAAAUAACAUAAAAUUGGUCUUAAC